GUUUCAGUAGUUCACCGCAAUUUUGCCCAGACAGAGGAAAUGGUGUCGAACCUACUGGACAUGGACGACAAGCUUGUGAAUCUCGAAUAUAUGCUCGACGUGGAUUCCAGGGAUCCCCAGGGACCGAAUGAGCAUCUACUUCUACUUCACUUCCAAAUAAAUCAGCUGGAGACAUUUCGCAACGAAACGACGUAUAUGGCAAAAAAGUCAACUGCGGACGUCCGAAAUACACUCCAGCAAUACUUUACGAGGCUGAACCGCUUGAUUGAUGCGUUCGAUGCGCAUAUAGUAGAAUUGGCAAGGAGUAUAUUACCCCUAGUCAAGGCCGGCCAUUCCGACGUAGUCGUCAAACUCCUCAAAAUCGCUGAAAUGGAAGGCAAGGCAGAUGAAAAG